AUGGAAUUAGUUGAUGAAAUUGCUUCCAACACAUUUGAAAAGGAGACUCCGAGCCAUCCAUUGGUACAUGUCUCCAUCUCCAAAGCUGACAAACCAAGGGUUGCCGAACCUUCCUUGUACUUGGAUGAACUAGACCAAGGAUAUAAUGAGUUAGAGGAACUUCAGAAUAAAUCAAAUGAGAGUGCGAGAAUUUACAAGGACCAUACAAAGAAGUCGCAUGACAAGCAUAUCAACAAUGAUCUUGACGGUACAACCUUCAAAGUCAAAGGCCAUCGAUUGAAACCACAUGUGGAAGCCGCAUUUCUUAAGGAUGAGACCAACGUCCCCCUCAAUAAUCCCAAAUAA